ACCAUCACCGCGAACUUCAAGUUUGUUGCACGCGUAGAAUGGACUGCAUAGAUAUUGGUCGUAUACAUUGUCUGGGUUAUGGGUUUUAUAGCUCACAGGACAUUAGAAAAUUGUCAGUCCGAAAAAUUACAAACGAUUUGGCUUUUGAUAAGUUCACUGGUCGUGGGGUAGAUGGAGGAUUACAUGAUGUGAACUUUGGAGUUAUCGACUACAGUGAGACAUGUGUUCACUGUGGCAUGGAUUUCUCUGACUGUCCAGGUCACUGCGGACACAUAGAAUUCGCAAAGCCAGUAUUCAACCCCUUCAUGUUUGAUGUGUUGUAUAAAAUAGUAAAAUCAUUCUGCUUCGGAUGUUUUCGUAUAUACAGUGUAGAUUAUCUUUCCUCAGCUCUUCACCUUCUUGGAGCACCAGGCAAGUUAACUUUCUGCGUAUAAUUAUGUUUAGAGAGGAAACUUCCAGGAAAACCAAAAGCUCUGGAGAUCCAAGAGCUAAAAGGAUUGUCAGGCAGUGAACUACGUCAGCUAGCUCUCAGAUAUCUCGCUACCAGACCUCGUGCACCGUGUAAACUAUGUGGUACUGGUUCGUGGGUAAUUAGACAAAUAAACAAACAGCAGUUAGUAAUGCAUCCUAUAUCUUUCGCUGCGGGUAAUCGUUCAAAGGCGAAGAUGAAGGAAGACAUGGAGGAAGAUUAUUCUGACCUUCUGGAAGGUCAUGAAGUAGAAGACCAACGUCUUGCGCCACAGUCUUCAUCACAAUUUGUUGAUAUGACUGACGAAAGUGAAGAUAGUAAAAUGGAAGCGGAAUAUGCAUCCAACCUAUCCACUGCACGAAAUAUGCUAUCUGAGGCAAUGCGAAACCAAUCACAGUCUAAAGAAACAUGUUUUCCACCAGAAAUGGUUCGUAUAAUGCUUAGAUGUGUUUGGGCCCAUGACGGUGAUAUUUUGGCGUUACUUCUCCCUAUGCUUCAAGCUGCAAAGUCUAACCAUCAAUUUCCAACAGAUGUAUUUUUUAUGGACAAUGUCUUGUUAUCUCCUUCGCUAUGUCGAUGGCCACGACAUGUUGGAAACUUAGUUUAUGAACAUCCAGAGACUGCUGUUUAUGUUCGUAUUGUUAAACGUGCACAGACUCUACACAGUAUCGUAGAUUUUAUCCGCCAACGUAGUGAAUCAGGCAGUUCUGCUAGCACAGAAAAAAUCUCCAGUUUAGUACCAACCAUUGGUGGUGAGAAUUCAAUUGAUGAUUCACGUUCUGAUGGUGCUUUGAAACUUGCGACGGUGCUUCUUCAGGCAGCUGUCAAUGGCGUUUAUGAUAUGAAUAUGGCAAUUACUCCUUUAGGGCUAGAGUCAAAAACUGGUGGAUCAAGCAGUAACGCUAUUCGCCUACCUGGUUUAAGACAACGCCUGGAGCGAAAAGAAGGUCUAUUCCGUAUGCACAUGAUGGGAAAACGAGUUAAUUUUGCAUGCCGUUCUGUUAUCAGCCCCGAUCCAAAUCUUAGCGUUACUGAGGUCGGAGUACCGCUAUUUUUUGCAUGCCGUCUCACAUUUCCAACACCGGUGACAAAAUUUAACCUGGUUCUUUUACGUCAAUUAGUAGUGAAUGGACCAAGCAAUUAUCCAGGUGCUACUAGUAUUCAGUUUUCGAAUGGUAUUGUAACUAUGCUACCGCCAAAUGAUACUCCUCAGGCAAGGAAAAAACGUGAGAUGUUGGCUUUACGUUUGAAACCACUCAUAUCAGGAAAGGAUAUCAUGCCUAUUAUAGUCAAUAGACAUCUUCUUGAAGGAGAUAUGCUUAUCAUGAACAGACAGCCUACUCUUCAUCGACCUUCAAUGCAAGCACAUCGUGUUCGGAUAAUUAAGUCGACUGGAGCGAAAACUUUACGUCUUCACUAUUCUAAUUGCAAGGCAUACAAUGCAGAUUUCGAUGGUGAUGAGAUGAAUGGACAUUUUGUACAAAGUUAUGCAGCACAAGCUGAACUUGAAACACUAGCUUCUGUUCCUCAUCAGUAUCUGGUGCCUAAAGAUGGGACACCACUAGCUGGGCUUAUUCAAGACCAUGUUAUAGCUGCAGUUAAGCUAACAAUGCGUGACCGAUUUUUUGAACAUGCUGACUACUUAGAUAUUGUUUAUCAUGCUCUUCGUCCAAUAUUCACUACCAACAGACAAACAUCUCAUGGCCCACCAUCUAUCAUUACACUUAAACCUGCAAUAUGUUGGCCCAAACGUCUUUGGACUGGAAAACAGGUUAUUUCAACACUGCUGAUAAAUUUAACACCUCCGGGUUUAUUACCACUGAAUGCUACUCUUAGAGGUCGUCGAACUAAAGCCGAACUUUGGUCUGGAGUCGCUCCUGGAGGUCCAACACCACUUUCUGAUGUUGAUUUGGUUGUGUGUGAUGGCUAUCUUGUGUCUGGUAUGUUGGAUAAGGCACAUAUUGGUUCCAGUAGUACAGGUUUAGUACAUUGUGUAUACGAAGCUUAUGGACCGGAAUCUGCUUCUUGUCUAUUGAACGGAAUCUGCCUAUUAGCCAAUCGGUUUUUAAAAUUCAUAGCUUUUACCAUGGGAAUAAAAGAUAUUUUGCUUUCAAAACGGGCUGAUAAAGAAAGAGAUCGUCGUUUCAGCAAUCUCAGGGAUCUUGGUCUUUGUGCAUUUGCAGAUGCAUUUAAUUUGAAACCUGAGCAGCUUACUGAGUCUAAUGUUAGAAGUUUGUACCGGCAAGCUCAAUUCCCUCCACCCACGGAUCAGUCAUCUCAAAAACGUCUUGCCCAACUAGAUGUGGCAAUUAAAGAUCGUUUGAAAAGGGCACAAGAUGCAGUCUGUGAUUCUGCUAUUCCGGGAGGCUUAUAUGUAGGUUUUCCGGAAAACAACCUGCAACUUAUGGUCCAUGUUGGUGCCAAAGGUGGUAUGGUUAACGCUCAACAGAUGUCAGUUGCUUUGGGUCAGAUAGAGUUGGAAGGUCGUCGUGUACCACUUAUGUUAAGUGGUAAAACUUUACCAUCAUUUCCUGCAUAUGAUGUACGUCCUCGAGCUGGUGGUAUGUGCACUGCUCGGUUUCUGACUUCACUUCCUGCUCAAGAAUUAUUUUUCCAUUCAAUGGCAGGUCGAGAUGGUCUUGUUGAUACGGCUGUGAAAACAAGUCGAUCAGGCUACUUGCAAAGAUCAGCUAUCAAGCAUUUAGAGGAUUUAAGUAUUCGUUAUGAUGGUACAGUCAGAGAUUCAGGUUCUAAUGUUAUUCAAUUCCGAUAUGGAGAUGACGGAAUGGAUGUUUGUCAAGCUGCAUUUUUACAGCCAACAGGUUUGCAUUUCUUUGCUGAUAAUGUCAACCUUAUGAAAAUCCGUUGGCAUUGUGAUAAAAUUAAUCCACAGAAUCCAGCGUGUGCUCACUUGUUUGAGAAAAAUCCCCUUCCCAAGCCUAUACAAAUCAUUGCAGAUCAAGUUGGAGUUAAACGACAAAGUAUUCUCCAUAAAACCGUAUCAGAGCACAAACUUUUAAAAAUUCUCCGGAGUAGUGAAUCAGCUGAAAAAGUAUUAAAGAAGACUGAAGCUAAAAAGAAGAACAACUUGAUGAGUGCAAAACUUCCUGAUCCACCAUGUACUGCUGCAGCUGAGUUACGGGAUUUGUGUUUAGCGAAAAUUAUUAAUGCUCAAGCUCCACCUGGUGAUCCGGUCGGUUUAUUGGCAGCCCAGUCAGUUGGAGAACCUUCAACUCAGAUGACACUGAAUACAUUCCAUUUCGCCGGUCGUGGUGAGAUGAAUGUAACACUGGGAAUACCACGUCUUCGAGAAAUUCUGAUGUCUGGAUCACCGAAUAUAAGCACUCCAUGUAUGGAAGUCCCUAUUUGGCCUACGAAGGAAGCUCAACAACUUAGUGAACAGGUAGCCAAGAAAUUUUACAAACUCAAGUUAUCUGAGGCUUUGCGACUCCCUAUUGGUCAAAAGGUUAAUUAUGUGUCAGAUUCUUGUACACUUGAAUUUAAUUUACAACCAAGAUCAGCGUAUUCUGAGCAUAGUAAUGUUACACCUGCUCGUGUUUUACGUUUUCUUGAACGUGUUCUUUUUCCAGAUUUGGCUCAUCGACUUAAUGAGGAAUUAAAAGACCAAGGAAAAACAAGCCUUAUAAAAAGUUUCGCUUUAUCUGCUUUGGCACGUGAACAACAAGCUGGUCAGAAAAAGGCUUCACAAGAACCUACUGAGGAUAAUGAUAAGGAAAUUAUGAAUCAACCCGGUGCAGGUAGAACUCGUGCUCAAGAUGAAUGGAAUGAAGAUGAUGGUUAUGAGGCAAUCAGACGCCGACGUCUAGAAGCAAACGCAGAAGAAGAUGAUAUUGGUGCAGCAGAUGUUAAUCGUCGCAAACACACAGAAGACGUAGAUGAACUAGUCGAUUUAGUUUUAGAUGAUGAUGAAGAUGAUGCUGAGGCAGCAGAACUACAUGAAAUUGGACGUGAUCAAGAUAAAGAUGAUGCCGAGGAUGAACAAGAUGAAAAUGACAAUUGGCUAUGGAAUGAUUUAUCUCCAUCUAGUAAGCUAAAAAAGCUGCUGCAAAAUCCUACAAAAUCUGGAAGUAAAACAACUAAGCCGAAAGAUACAAGCCCUGAUGAUUUUGUUCAGUGGACUGGAGAUCCUGAAUCUCGUCAAUCGGAUGUUGAUGAUGAACAAGAAUUAAUCCAGGAGAAUGUUGUUGAGCAAAAUGUUGAAAAUGAGAAUGCAAUAAGCCAAGAUGAAGUUCAUAAACGCAUUACAUUUGUUACACGUCUGCAUGCUCGUUUUAGCAGUUACGAUUUCGAUCGAAAAAAUUCAUCCCCUAAAUGGGCACGACUUACAAUUUGUAUGUUCGAUCCAAUCGAAGGGCGUAUACCCAUCGACUUACAAACACUGAUUAUGCGUCUUAUCAAUCGAAGUGUUGUCUCUUCUAUUCCUGGUAUCGAGAAGACUAUUAUUGAUCGUUCAAAGCCUAAUCAAUGGAUGUUCCGAGUAGAGGGUAUAAAUAUGGUUGAAAUGAUGCGUUAUCCACAAGUUUUCGAUUUAAAUCGCCUUUACACAAACAAUAUCACAGUGAUGAGUGAAACCUAUGGUAUUGAAGCUGCUAGAGCAGCUUUACAGAAGGAAGUAUCUGGUGUAUUCGGUCAUUAUGGUAUUAAUGUAGAUUUCCGACAUUUAUCCUUAAUUGCUGAUUACAUGACAAAAUAUGGAGUCUAUAAUGCUUUCAACAGACGUUCAAUGGUUUCACAUCCAUCACCACUUCAACAAAUGACGUUUGAAACUGUAGCAACCGCUCUGAGAAACGCUCUACAAGAUGAUCGAAUGGAUAAUCUAGUUUCUCCAUCUGCAAGUAUAGUUGCCGGUCGAAUAGUUCAUUUUGCUGGAACAAAUAGUUUUGAAUUGUAUCAAAAGUUGACUUGUUGAAUGGUGGAUAUUACAAUGAGAUAUUGACAUACUUUUUGUUCAGUCUAUCAUUGAAUUCUGUAAAUGCUUACAGAGAGAUUAUGAUCUAUGUACAGAAAAAAUAUCUCUUUUAUACAUCAUACUAUAAGAUUGUUUGUUGCCGACUACUGUUCGCUUUACCUUGAAUCAGACAUAUGUAAAUAUAAAUUUGUAAUAGUAAUUUCGUAUAUAUUUCAUAACUACUGCA